AGCCGCAGCCCCCCCCCCCCCCCCGGACCCCCCCCCAGACAUGGCUGAGACUUACGAUUUCCUCUUCAAAUUCCUGGUUAUUGGCAGUGCCGGCACGGGAAAAUCUUGUCUGCUGCAUCAAUUCAUCGAGAACAAAUUCAAACAAGACUCCAAUCACACGAUCGGCGUCGAGUUCGGCUCGAAGGUGGUCAACGUCGGCGGCAAGACGGUGAAGCUGCAGAUCUGGGACACGGCCGGGCAGGAGCGGUUCAGGUCGGUGACGAGGAGCUAUUACCGGGGAGCGGCCGGGGCCUUGCUGGUGUAUGACAUCACCAGCCGAGAGACGUACAACGCCCUCGCCCACUGGCUGACGGACGCCCGCACCCUCGCCAGCCUCAAUAUCGUCGUCAUCCUCUGCGGGAACAAGAAGGAUCUGGAUGCCGACCGGGAGGUCACCUUCCUGGAGGCCUCACGCUUCGCCCAGGAGAACGAGUUGAUGUUCCUGGAGACCAGCGCCCUGACGGGGGAGAACGUGGAGGAGGCGUUCCUCAAGUGCGCCCGCACCAUCCUCAACAAGAUCGACUCGGGAGAGCUGGAUCCGGAGAGGAUGGGUUCGGGGAUCCAGUACGGCGAUGCCUCCCUGCGCCAGCUGCGCCAGCCUCGAGGAGCCCAGGCCGAGACCAGGCAGCAGUGCAACUGCUGAGGACGGAGCGGAGUCCAGACUCCAGCAGCCCCGUGGACCAGCCUCUCGGCCCCCCCCCAAAACCCUACUUCCUCCCUCCCCGUCCCGGACAUCCCCCCCCC